UGGGACAGGUUCUGGGGAGGGAGUGCAGAAAGAAUAGUUGAAACUGUGUCUCUGCUUCCUCUUGUUGGCAGAACAGUGUGAAGAUACUGGCUUGGUGGUGGAAUUUGACUUUGUUUUGACUUGUCUGGUUGGGAGACACCCCAAGUUUGGAGCAUCUGUACAUGGAAUAUGAUGAGGAUGAUGAUAUUUUCUUUGCAAAAUGGAUGAGCAGCUUCUGGGGCCACAACUUGAUCGAUGAGGAGAAGGAAGGCAGAGGCCACAAGAAACGUCAGCCACGAGUCUGGAGUGAAAGGAGAGCAUCCCUACCGGCCAAGCUUUCCUCCCUCCAUACAACACGACUUCAUGCUUCUGCCAAAGGCUCAUCUUCAGGCCACCUCAGGGGCUCCAAGGAAUUUCAAGAAGACCAAGAUGUCAAAUGCCACUGCCACAGGAAGGCAAGCAGAACACCCUCAGAAGACAGCUCGUGUCCAGAGACAAGCUCAAACUCCAUUCAGGAAUUUGCAGAGUCCUUUGAAAAGCAAUUGCAUCUCAAAAGCAAACGCUCCGUUUCUUUGCAACCUGAAGGUGCAAAAGAGAGACAAGAAAGAGAAAAAUUGCAUUUGAGAAAAACGAAGUCUCAUAAGAAAUUGGGAGAGAAAUCAGAGGCAAGGAGAGACCGGGAAGAAGCUGAAAGUUCAGAAGUACCUGCAAAACACAGUGAACAGUUUCCAUCACAAGCAAGCAUUCAGAAAGGUUAUGUAUGCACAGGCAGCUAUAAUGCAUAGAGAUAACCAAUCUUAACACUCUCCCUGAAGAGCAGAGGGAGCAUUCUUGUUCUGUUAUGACUAGAAGAGAUCUAUUAGCUGGAAUAGCCCCUAAGUUGUAAAAUAAAAGUAAAAUUUAACUGCAUCACUGUCACCAUGUUACUACCUUCCUUUCUUUACUUUUGUCAUUAGAAAUGUGACCUUUGUCAUAGGAGUGGAUCAGUAGCAAGAUCCAAGUUAGAGAUUAACCACCAUAAGAGGAUUUCAGGCAUAUUUAGCAUUGCAGCAGGACAGUGGUGGAUGUGCUCCUUUAAGAGGAGACCUCCAUUUAUCUAUGUAUUACAGAGCCAUGCAAAGCCUUAUAUUCCUUUUUUUAAUUGAAAACAGGCUUUUUGGUGGGUUUGGGAAGAAAAAAGUACACAUGAACAACCAACUGCUUCCUGGCCCUGACAUUCACUUAGAUUCGUCUUGAAAACAGGUAUGUUUUUACUCUGAGAAUCUUUCAGCUCCAAAUUUAUGUAAAAGAAGAGAAGCCCAUGUUCCCUUCUACACCUCACUGAUGUCUCACUUCUCUCUGCUUUUCCUAUCGCUGUUUUCCUAUCACUCAUUCCACUGGCAUCUCCCAGCCCUCUCCCAUGUCCUCAGUCCCAUUUCCCCAGUCACACAACUAGUUCUUUCUCCCAGCUUUAGCCUUGAUGCCUUGCUUCUUUUGUGAUCUUUCCUCUCUCCAUUUACUACUUUACUGCCUUGUAGCUGUAUCUUGCCUCUUGCUACAUCUCUACUUUUGCUUCAUCAACAUUUGAGCCUUGCUGAAAAUUCUCUAGUAAAACCAAGGACAUCCUGUCUCUCCUAUUUUCAUAUAAUCUCUUCAAGGGGUUGCUGAGGCAUUGCAACCAUUUUUUCUUUUCCAAAAUCUGGGCCAAAUUUGCAGUCUCUGGUAAGCAGGAUCUAGGAAAAUUCUGUUCCUCUGGCUGAGGAUCUUCUGAACACAGGUGUAAAUCUCAUCUCCAUGUGCUCACAAACACAUACACACUCCCACAAUCACCCUAUACCCUCCUUUCUUCAAAGUGCCAGUGUUCUCUGCAGAUACAACCCUGCUCUCCAUGGAAGUAAUCCUCCCAGGCCUGUUAUGGAGAAAGCCUGAUUUGGAUAAUAUGGUUAGAGAAGAAUGAAGACUAAU